AUGGCGAAAAAUUUGAAAGAAUUGAAUGCUCGUGUGGAAGAGUUAGCGGGACAGUUCGAGAAAGGCCUUGAAGAAAUAAAAAAGUCAUACACAGAAGAUACAAGCGACACGGGCCCUAGGAUGAAAGCCAACUCUAAUACAAAUGAAAUUGUCCGCAAGUUUGAAGAAAAGAUGCUAUCAUCUCUCCGAGACAUAAAAAACCAGAUAAGUACGAUGCAGAAAGAAAUAGAUGCCAAUAAAAGUAAGCUUGAUAAUCUGAUUCUUGAUCAAAAUAAGAAUACGCUCGUAAUACAUGGUAUAGAUGAAAAAAGUACUAAUAUUUAUGAAGAGGUCCUGAAUGUGUUUACGAAUAUCAUGCAUAUUCAAAUCGAAAAAACUAACAUCAACCAGUGCUAUCGGAUAGGACAAAAAAGUCAACGUAAACAACCAAGGCCGAUUGUUGUUGAAUUCACACAGUGUUGGAUACGAGAUCAGCUAUUUUAUGCCAAAAGUAAAUUGAAAGGCUCGCGCAUUCUUAUUACUGAGAAAUUAUCUCGGGAUACUCUGGAGAUAUUCAAGAAAGUUAAGGCUGUUAUGGGCAAUACGGCGUGGACACAACGUGGAGUUGUGUAUUUGAAAAUUGAUGGGAAUAAAAUUCCUGUCCAUACCGAGGAAGAAUGGAAAGGAAUACAAAAAAAUAUCGAAGAUAAAUGA